CACAGCCCUACUAGCUUAUUGGAGAGUCCAAACGCAACAACCCACAACACCACAACAUCAUGUUGGCCAUGGCAAGUGUCGGCGACAGCACAUACAGUAGAACAUCCCAAGCAGUAUGGCUGCCAAGGCUCUCCCCAACACCUUUUCGUACCGGGGAAUCCCGGAAGUGCACUAUGAGUACCCAAUCUUGAGCGAAUUUGAAAUGGUCAAGGAGGGAAUCGGGCGGGGGGCACGAACAAGUGAAGAACAGCAUGCCCUGGCAACCGCCAGUUUUCUGGUGCGUUUGGACAACUUCCAACUAAGAAUGGAACUAGAAUUGACGCGAGCUCUUCAGAGCUCCUUCUUAUUGCUCGAGUUAGAACAGGAUGCGACCGAGGAACAACGAGAACUUCAUCGGUACUGUUGCCGACGAUUCGUCCGAGCCGUGAAACUCAUGCUCCAGACGCUUCAAAAAUCUCAUCGGGAGCUCGGCAUAACAACAACGUCAUCUGUCCACAAACACCCACGUAGUUCUGAAAAAGAAGAAACACCAUUCUACAGUACCCAAUCAUUUCACGCACUGCUCCGGCGACCCGAACACUUGGCAUGCUUGCUGAGGAUGUCCGUGUCGGCUUGGUGUCCCAUCCGAUGUACCGCCAUUGGGUGGCUUUCAGACAUUUUUGAUGGCAAUGGGCUGAUGCAAGUCCAGUUGGCAGAUGGGAAACCCUUUGUCUACCACGCCAUUGCAUUCAUUACUGCGGCACUUUCUAAUCACGCCAUAUCGACUCACCCUUGUUACAACGAUGACCCCCCACAGGAGCCCCAUGAACCAGAAUUUUGCAGUGGAUGCUGGCAAAUUACCAUGACCAAACUAACUGAUGCAUUGGAACGGAGUCGAUCCAUCAUCAGUCCAAAGGUUAUUGUGGAGGAGGUUCUCCCCAAGUACGGAGCAUGCUGGAGUAGCACAUUCGAUGCGGCAAACUCAGCAGAUGCCGAUAAACUCUAUACCAUGAACGUGAACUUGUGGCUCCAACUCCAUCGAAUGGCUCAUUUGGUGGUGCUGGUCGAAGGGGGAACACAAACGCGGACAACAAGUUCCCCCGCUUUGUAUCUCUUGCAAAUUCAACUGGGUCAAGCCUGCCUCCAGUUGUUUCACAAUACCCUCGAACAAACUUUGCUGGAUGGGGGGCUGUUUGUCCAACAAUCAUCCAACAAUGAUCCUACCCACUUGGCGGUGAAAUUCAAUUGGAAGAGUCGGUUCGUCAUGUGGUACUACAAUUGUCUCAUCCCUCGAGAACGAGAUCCUCAACUGGUGGGUCUUCGGCGUCGGGUCCGAGCCCAUUUGCUGGAUCUUCUUGCGAACAACGUCUCUACGUGGCCCAAAGCAACCAUCAAUGCCUGUCACGUACUGUCUUGUUGGCUCAAAGAUUCGACCUGGAAUCAUUUUCACGAAACGCUUCCCGCGAAUCCCGAGCAACAAUGGAGUACGUUUGAAAUUCUCCUCUUCGGGCCUGAUCAAGUGUACGACAAACAAAAGCAAAGACUGCUUCGCAUCAUGUUGAUGCAGACCAUUGGUGUCGACGAGCCUCGUUGUUCCACGUGCUGGAGAACACAAGAGGAUCUAUUGUUGGCAUCCAAAAAGGACAGACGGCGCAACGGUGUUCCCUAUGAUUUGAGAGUCAAAGCAUCGCGGCAUUGGGUGUGUGGUUUGUGCGAGUUCAAGAGAAUCGAGAACAUGAUGAUAACGCAAGCGCACAUGCGCGAACAAGCACAAGGUGUUGAGGGACAGACAUUGUAAGGGGGAGCUAACACUUUCGGCACUGUAUCUACCUAGCCUACAGUA